CAUUUCCUGUUCUCUACGAAGUCCCCCCUCUGCUCUUCACCGUCGCGCCGUGAAGUGGAUGUUUUGGCGAAAAAAUACGGUGUCGAAAAGGGACGUAAACACAUUUAAAACAUGACAUUUCGACCGAGUGGGACCUAAAGCGGCCUAGCAGGGGAAAGAAGGGCGCAUUCAGCAAAGGUUUCGGUUUAUCUAUACGUCGUAUUCUUCCGCAUGUCCGCUUUCUUCGUAGAUGGUCUCCGGCGAGCGUUGUCUGGCGGCGGACGACGGGUUCUCGACGAAUAACAUGAAGGAGAUGAUCGGAGGUUGCUGUGUGUGCUCUGACGAGAGAGGCUGGGCAGAAAACCCACUGGUGUACUGCGACGGACAUGGCUGCAACGUCGCCGUGCAUCAAGCCUGCUAUGGAAUUGUACAGGUGCCCACUGGCCCUUGGUUCUGCAGAAAGUGUGAAUCUCAGGAGAGAGCAGCCCGUGUGAGAUGUGAACUGUGUCCCCACAAAGAUGGAGCCCUCAAGAGGACAGACAACGGAGGCUGGGCCCAUGUGGUUUGUGCCCUUUACAUACCUGAGGUGGAGUUUGCUAAUGUCUCUACUAUGGAGCCCAUAGUACUCCAGUCUGUGCCACAUGAGCGCUACAACAAGACAUGUUACAUCUGUGAGGACCAGGGCAGAGAGAGUAAAGCAGCCACUGGAGCCUGUAUGACCUGCAACAAACAUGGCUGCAGGCAGGCCUUCCAUGUCACAUGUGCCCAGUUUGCAGGAUUGUUAUGUGAGGAACAAGGAUCGGAUGCAGACAACGUCAAGUACUGUGGAUAUUGCAAAUACCACCACAGCAAAUUGCGAAGGAGCAGGGGCCGUGGUAGUAGGUCUCAAAGCUUAAGUGACUCUUCCUCUCAGUGUAUGGAUAGACCCCCAGACACGGACAAGAAGAAACACAAGGAGCGAGACAGGCACAAACCAAAACACAAGAAGACCUCCAUGGACAUGUCUCCCUCCCUUGUCCUUCCAAACAUCAUGGUCCCGGACAAGACCUACAACAGCAGCAGCUCGGGGGGAGGCGUCACCUCUCUGCCUGCAUCCUCGCAGAAGCGGCUGGACGACGGCACCGCCCGUUUCACCAAUGCCAACUUUCAGGAAGUGUCUUCUGCUCACUCCGGUGGCGGUUCCAAAGACAGCCUGGCUGCGGAGACUGGGAAAGUGACGUCUGAGGUGAAGAAUAAGAAGAACAGCGGCGGAAGUCAUGCGGUGGGACAGAGGGGCGGCCGCAAGUCUCUCACCUCCUCAGGGAAACCCCUCCCCUCCGCCGUGGUUACCAUGGCAACCUCCUCCACAUCUGCCUCUGCUUCCACUGGGCCAUUCCACCAAGGCCUGCUGUUGACCAGUGCCAGCAAGACACCUUCUGCUCCUUCCUCCUCAGAUUUGAGUUUCUCUGAUUCAUCGUUGCGUCCCGGGGGUGGAACUACCUUCUCCUCCCCGCCGUCUUUCAGCAGCUGCCUUGUAAAGCCGAGCUCGGAGGGUGGAGCUUCAGAGGGGACUACUACACUCUUUGGUUCUCUUAUGUCUGCUACUACAGCUUCUGCAGUGGGCGGAAAGCUGUAUGAGAAUUCCCACAGUCACACAGCUAGCGAGACGACAAGCCUCGGUGGGUCGGCUGGAUACAAACGACCCCAGCCUGCCAGCUCAGGACCAGGCAUUGGCGGAGCGGUGGCAGGAGGAGGGGACGAUGGGGUGAAGAAGAAAAAGAAGGGCAACUGGCGAAACAGAUUUGGACCUUGCUUCACCACGGAUGUGAAGCCCGCGGAGCCAGCUCCAUCCCUGACUCUCCCUACCUCCUCCACAGCCAACACCUCCUCCUCCACCGCCUCCCCCUCCUCCUCCUCUUCAUCCUCGACGCUCUCGGGCCGGCCGGGCUUAGUCUCCAGCAGUGGAUUAGGAGCGGGAGUCGGAGCAGGAGGAGAGAGGGGGCUGGGGGUCAUGGGUGUCAGUGGUGGGAUUCAGAAGUCCCCGUCACUCCUCAGGAAUGGGAGUCUGCAAAGCAACAGCGGCUCCACAACCACUGGGCCAGGUGUUUUCUCUGGUGCCGAUGGGUCAUCGUCGGGGACAGGAGUUGUCGCCGUGGGCGGAGCCAACUCGGAGUUGUCACAGCAACAGCAGCCCGUGCCCUCACUAGCCCCUCCUUCUCCGUUCACCGCCACCGCACCGCUAACCAGCACAGCCUCCACACACGUGAGCGGCCUGCCAGGGUCCAUCUUUAACCUUGCUCCCUCCCAUAUGUUCGGCAACAGGCUGAACCCCAACUCGGCCAUGGCAGCACUCAUCGCCCAGUCCGAGGCCUCACCAGCAGAUCAGGAGGUUGGAGACGGCAGCAGCAGCGUCGGAGCUCAGGGCUUCUCCAUAAGAGCUUCUCCCAAGACCACCCCGCGCUCUCCCAUUGGUGGCCUGCAGAUCCGCUAUGACUCCUCGGGGUCGUUGCCGGGGCCGGGUCUGGGGUUGCUAGGGGUGGGGGCGAGCGGCGGGGAGACGCUGCCGCCAGUGGCCACCAGCAUAGAGCAGCUCCUGGAGAGGCAGUGGAACGAGGGGCAGAGCUUCCUGCUGCAGCAGGGAGCGCAAGGAGACGUGGUGGGGAUGUUGAAGUCUCUCCACCAGCUGCAGGAGGAGAACAGGCGGUUGGAGGAGCAGAUUAAAACUCUGACCAUGAAGAAAGAGAGACUGCAGCUUCUCAGCGCUCAGCUAUCAGUGCCUUUCACCCCCACCACCGCCUCCUCUGAUGUGAAAGGAGCCCAGCUUGGAGCCGCUGACUCGUCUUUACCUGUUGCAGCUCAGGACAGUACGUCAUGUGGAGGCCACAGCAGUAGUGGCUCCACCUCCUCUCUCUCCACCCCUCCCUCCGUCUCCCAGAGCCCGCCCCAGCCGCAGCUCAACGGCGUCGUGGGGGCGAACCCGGCGGGGCUGGGUGGGGUGGCGGGGCUGAUGGGCGCACUCGGCGCAGGCAGCGCGUUGGGCAUGGGGGGGAUCGUAGGGGCGCUAAACGGGGUCAUCCAGACGCCAGCGGGCACCGCCAGCCCGCACACUCACACUACGGGAGCAGCUACUGGCGUCACAUUGCCCGUCAAUAACAGCAGCUCAGCCACUAGUAAGAACAGCGCUGCGCGGCUUGGCCUGCUGUCUGAGCAGCACAGACUCCUCCUCCAGCAGCAUCAGCUCCAGCAGCUGCUGUCCUCACAGCCUUCAGCGGAGCAGCAGCAGGUGCUGCUCUACCAACUGAUGCAGCAGCAGCAGGACCUCCAGCAGCUGCAGUCCCUCUCCUCCUCUGCGCAGAUUCCCUCCAUCCCACUCUCCUCCACUCAGCUGCCCAUCAACAACCUGCUGCCCAGCGCCCAGAGCCAGGGCCAAGGCGCCAUCACUGCUAACCCCUUCCUGGCUCUGCAGCACGCACACGCUGACGCGCACGCCUCGGGGGCGCAGAAGCCGCGGCUAACCGAGAAGGCUGUGGGCGUCGCAGGGCAGGAGAAGACAUGACGGCAGAUGCUCUUUUCUUUUUGUUUUUUGGUUGUUGUUUUUUUUUUUUUAAAUAAAUAUGCAGAGUUUUCGGGAGAUCAGCCUGUUGGUCAACUUUGUUGUUCAGUGAUGAGAACUUUGGCAGCAGAAAAAUCUAUGUCCUGGUAGAUUACUCCUUAUAAUGGCCUGUGCUGAUACAUUACUGUACCAGCAAAGACCAUUAUUUACACUGUGGUGAGUGAAAACAGAAGACAAGAAUAAGAAUUGAGUCAUUUUUUGUCUUUUGCAGUCACCAACUUUAGUUGACUUAGUCAGGUUUAUUUUUGUCAGGUUUCAGUUUUUACACAACAGUUUGUGUAAAUUUGUACUAUUUAUUUCCAUCCAGUUUUAGAUUUCUUACUUCUUAGCUUUAGUGCUGCUUCAGGUUCUUAUUUUGUCACUGUUCAGAUUAAUGAUUUUCAUUUGAUAUCACUGGUAGUAAGUUAGCGUAUGUUAGCGUCGGGUAUGUAGCACCAGAGCACAUGGUGUAUCUGUUCUUAUCUCAACAGGUGAGUUGUCUAACAGAUCAGCUUCCUUUAACUAGCUUCUCAAUGUUUUCUUAAUCUCAUCCCUGUGCUUCUUCACCUUUCUCUUUUUUCUCUUGUUGCUGUGUCAUGUCCCCCCUUCAUCCCUCCAUUUCUCUCUCUCUGCUUCUCCGCUCACAUCCCUCUCAGUCUGGUCUCUCUGCUGUUUCACUCUCUCAGGGGCCUCAGCUUACCAGAGUUGUGCUUUCGGCACACAAGCUAGCACACACACAACUACAAACAUAAAAGAAAAGCAGAUACAUUAACAAUAUAUUUAAAAAAAACUCCAAAUCCCUACCACAAAACUUAACAGUAGCAGAUGUAUGUUUGACAUCUGUCUCACAGCGGUCCUGAGGGGAAUAUUGGGUGAGAGGCUUGUGAAAAUAUCCCACAUGUUCUCGCUGUCGCCUCUCUCCCCGUGUCUCUUUCACUCCGUUUUGUGUAGAUCCAUUAAUGUCAGUGAGCCAAGCCUCGUACGGUCACCGCAGAAGCCUUGCUUUUCACUGUCUCUUCUCUGGGCCAGAAACAGGGGGCUCACUCAGGGAAGUGAAAUGUUACACACAAAAAAAGGAAAGAAAAAAAAAAAAAACGGCAAGUUGAAUGUUCAGUGGGAUGCUUUAAUCCACACAGCACAGACUCACAAAGAGAAAUUAUGCAGUUGGUUGUCAGCGCGUGGAAGUCGUUACAUUUCAUCCUCCUGAUUGAGCCCCCUGCUUGCACCUACCUCUCAAGCAGGACCAGCCUAUCAGGACCUAACAGGGCCGACAAGCAGCGGCCCACUUAAAAAAAACCCACAACAGUCAGGACUGGCCGAUCAGGGUCCAAGCCCAAAGUGCCUGAGGCCAAGUGGGGGGUGGGCGAGGCGGGAUUUUAUUUUGUUUUAUUUUUUACCUGUGUCCCUGUCACUCUGCCCCAAUUCUUCUCAACGCUACUGGUAAUUAAGCUGCGUUGCUAAGGCAACAGAUUACAAAAACACUUAGUCAAGUCAGGCUGGACGUGCCGUCUCUUUAAUAAAACCAGGAAUUAUUAUUCUGCUGCAUUCUCUUCUAUCAAAGCCAAUUUGUAUUGAGCUUUUUAUUUAUUUGGAGUUUGUUUGUGUAAUGGGCAUAAGAUGAUAUAUUUUAAAAGCCCGCUGGUGAUGCAAUUUAACAUCAUUUUGUACUACUGUGUAAAGUUUUGUCUUUAGUUUCUUGCUGUAACCCCUUUUAAUGACUUUUUCUCUGUGUCAUGUGUUUGAAAGCUAGAAGCUACUUGUUGGCUGAUUGGGAAGGGGGUGUGGUUGUAUAUAGCUUUUUGUAGGGGGGAGGAAGUGUGUCAGGUUGAGGGGAUGUUCAGUGGCACAGUUUUUACCUCGUUAAGUGUAUAUAGACCUUUCUCAUUGGUCGUCAGUGUACAUAAGUGAUUGUGAUUGGCCACGCUGGUGUGAAGGAAAGCCAAUGAAGCCUCAGUUUGUGUGUGUGAAUCUUUAGGACCAGACAAAAAGGUUGACAGUGACUGGACACACAAAGUAUUAAUUUAUUUUUAUAUGUGCAGGGACAUUGUGUUUCUUUUUUAAGUUUUGCACCAUUUUAUUGAUGAGAAAGUCAUUUUAUACUCUGGGCACCGUGUUUUCAUCUGUGCACACAUUUGUUUGGAUCAGUUUUGUACAAGUGGAAAAUAAUGGGGAGGGGAAGAAAAUCUGACAUUGUAUUUCAAAACACCAAAAUAAAGAAACACUCUGGAUAAUGUAACAGAA